UUACAUUUUAAUUCCCCUUACUUCAUAUGAAUUAAUAAAAAAAACUUCAACCCAAAUGAUUAGAAUUGCAAAAUUCUGUUUCUCAGUUGGUAGAAUGGAGGAGCUUGGAGUUGUAUUUGUCAUACUUGGACUUGUUCUUAUUUCUAAUACUGUAACAUGUUCAUCUGGAAAUGGGGUCACUGUAUCAUGUAUGAUGGUGUAUGAGCAAGGUGGGGCUCCUGCUGUUUUUGAUUCUGAGGAAUGUCUCCAAUGGCCUUCUCUUCAAAAUCACACUCCCAAUUGUCAGUUCGCUCAGCUUCAGGGAGAUCGCCGCUACCAAGAGGAUCGUAUAUCAUGUCAUCUUCACAUGAAAAUUAUACCGCUUAUAGGCGAAAAUCGGCUCCAGGAAGUAAGGCUUGGAAUUGCUGCAGUAUUUGAUGGUCAUGGCGGCGAGGAAGCUAGUGAGACGGGUUCUAACCUUUUAUCAGAUUAUUUUCACUUGCACUAUGUCUUCAAGAUGUACAAGCUAAUGGGGCAAUUCCAGGGAGAGUUUACUGCAAAUGAUAGUGAAUCUUUGCAGCUGGAAGUUAUUAAAGAAGCAUUGUUGAGUACUAUUUAUGAUAUUGAUGCCAAAUUUACUCAGGAGGCCGUGAAGAACAACCUUUUAUCAGGGUCCACGGCGACUGUCAUUGUUUUGUUUGAUGGGAAAAUUUUAGUUGCAAAUGUUGGUGAUUCAAAAGCCAUUAUCUUCUCAGAGAUUGAGUCUGGUCAGGGGCCUGAAGCUUCUCUUUCAGCCAUUGAAUUGACAAAAGAUCAUCAUCCAGAUCAAGCUGAUGAACGAGCCAGAAUUGAAGCAACAGGUGGUUCAGUUAUCGUCCGGGGAGUCCCUAGGGUCAAUGGCAUCCUCGCCAUGUCCCGUGCCAUUGGCGAUAUUUAUCUGAAAAGGUAUGGUGUUAUAGCUGUGCCAGAGGUAACAGGUUGGCAACACAUAAGUGGUAAUGAUAGGUAUUUGGUGGUUGCAUCUGAUGGAAUAUUUGAGAGCCUCAAGCCAAAUGAUGUUGGUGAUCUCAUAUUGAAAUGGGAUUCCCAUUAUGUCAAAGGGCCUUCAUCCACAUUAGCUGAAUUUAUUGUAAAAACUGCAUAUGAUGAAGGCAGUACAGACAACCUUUCUGUUAUUGUAAUUCCAUUGUCUUGA